AUCCGGCUGCGACACCCGCGUCUCGACGAGUGCUUCCGAAAAACGAAAGGAUGUCUAAAAGGAAGGUCACAUUUGUGGAUGGGGCUGAAGACGACGAUGAUGAGCAGAAAAAAAAAAGGCUCCCGGAUGUAGUGGGAGGCCCAGGAAGUCGAUUUAAAGGGAAACAUUCUCUGGACAGCGAUGAGGAAGAUGAUGAGGAAGAAACCAGUGAUGGACGUUCUGCAAAGUAUGACAUAUUAGCCCCCGAGGAUGUUGAAGGACAAGAAAACGCUACUCUGGAGUCGGAGGGUGGUGUUCCGAUUACUCCUUUUAACCUGAAGGAGGAAAUGGAGGAAGGGCAUUUUGACUCUGAGGGCAACUAUUUUUUGCGUAAAGAAGCUCAGAUUCGGGACCACUGGCUUGAUAAUAUAGACUGGGUCCGAGUUAAGGAACGCACUGCACCCACAGAAACCGCUGAUGAUGAUGACUCUGAUUCUGAGGAAGGCAGAGCACCACUGAGCAAGAAAGUGCUACUGGAGGGAAUCUUGCAGCUGCUUCAGCCUGGCGAGACUGUGGCUAAAGGAAUCCAGCGUCUUGGAGGGACAGGAGGCAAAAAGGCAACUGGGGGCCAGAGAGCAAGGCAGCAGAAGACCCCCCAAGGCAGGAGAAAGAAGAGAGGGACUAAGUCUGACGGAGACAGAGAGCAGGAAGAUAAUACAGAUUCUAAAAUGGAUGAGGGUAAAGGUGAAACGGAUUCAAGGCAAGAGAGAAAGGAUGAGCAAGGUCAGGAGUCCCUAAGAGACAGGGUGCGGGAUAAUGGCCAAGAGGAAACUGCACAGAGCAGAGUGGCUGCGGGGUCGGAGGAAGCAAGUAACGAGGCAGAAAGUAGGCCAGAGCCCCUCGAGCUCCUCAUAUCCCUAGCAGAUCAGAUGGUAGCCCUUGGUGUGUAUGAGAUCUACCAGGACACAUAUGAGAAGGUGGCGUACAGGCUCAAGACCUUGGCUCCACCUGCCGAGCUGGACAUGUUUGCUGAUGAGGUGGAGGAGAAAACACUGGAGAAGAAGGCGGAGUCCCAGUCGUCGGAUGCAGUGAUGUGGGAGUACAAAUGGGAGAACAAGGACGGAGCAGAGCUGUAUGGGCCCUUCUCCAGCACACAGAUGCAGGAAUGGGUGGAUCAGGGCUACUUCGCCGAGGGAGUUUAUUGCCGGCGAGUGAGCGGCUCCGGGAGUCAGUUCUACAACUCACAGAGAAUAGACUUUGAGCUUUACAUGUGAUUGGUCCCGGCACUCUCGCUGCCCCGCCUCUUCCACUGUGAUGGACUCUAUGGACUUCCCCUGUGGGACACUGACACAUGGAAGAGACCAUUGUGUGUGCUGGUAUAUCCCCCUGAGUGCCGUUUGUGAGCGAGAGAAGCCUCCCGGAGUGCACACUCAUGCUAAUCUGGUCUGUACGUGUGUGUGUGAUCCUUACACAGAUUUAUUGCAGGGCUUCAGCUGUUUGUAAUAAAAAUAUUUUAUUUCUCUUAUUGGUCUCUAUGCCGUGUCAGGCUAAGCGGUAUAUUUACCAACCGGGGCUGGGUAUGUGAGAUUAACCUUCUAUAGAGUCCGAAUAAUGGGUAAAUACACCCACGUUUGCUGUUAUCCCAUUGGACGAAAUGUAUCUUUAUUUCCCCUUUUGCUUUUAUUUCAUAAUAGGUUCUAUAUUUUCAUUUCUUUGCUUGUUAUUUCAUGCACUAAGCAGGGCAAAAUCAUAAAUGGGGAGUAAAAUUCAAAUUCCACUUCCUGUUUAGUAAGCGCACAAUAAAAACAUAACGUAGGGAACAGGAGGUAGAAUGUGACUGUACUUUCAAUUUUAGAUUUUGCCUAGAUUUUUGCCUCUAGUUUGCUCAUAGCCUGUACAGAGACAUACCAUAAAACUAUGGCAGCAUAGGGAUUCCCCUGUACUAAGCACAAUUCAGCAGGAACAGCCCCCUAAGUUUGCUCAUAGCCUGUACAGAGAGAUGACAUAAAACUAUGGCAUAUAGGGAUUCCCCUGUACUAAGCACAAUUCAGCAGGAACAGCCCCCUAAGUUUGCUCAUAGCCUGUACAGAGAGAUACCAUAAAACUAUGGCACAUAGGGAUUCCCCUGUACUAAGCACAAUUCAGCAGGAACAGCCCCCUAAGUUUGCUCAUAGCCUGUACAGAGAGACACCAUAAAACUAUGGCAGCAUAGGGAUUCCCCUGUACUAAGCACAAUUCAGCAGGAACAGCCCCCUGAGUUUGCUCAUAGCCUGUACAGAGAGAUCCCAUAAAACUAUGGCACAUAGGGAUUCCCCUGUACUAAGCACAAUUCAGCAGGAACAGCCCCCUAAGUUUGUUCAUAGCCUGUACAGAGAGAUACCAUAAAACUAUGGCAGCAUAGGGAUUCCCCUGUACUAAGCACAAUUCAGCAGGAACAGCCCCCUAAGUUUGUUCAUAGCCUGUACAGAGAGAUACCAUAAAACUAUGGCAGAAUAGGGAUUCCCCUGUACUAAGCACAAUUCAGCAGGAACAGCCGGCUAAGUUUGCUUGCAUCCUGUAAAGAGAGAAAUAAAAUAAAUAUAUAACAGCA